AUGGAAUACAAAAAAGACGAUUCCAAUCAGGAAAACUUAUCAGAUUCUGAUGCUGAUGUACAUAUAUAUGAUGAAGUUGAAUUGUCUGCUAUUAAUGAAUCUUUGCUUGCACGUCUUAAUUCCAUAUUUGCAAGUUUUGAUAACGAAAAUCCUAAAGAUUCUUCACAAAUCUUAUCAAAUGCUCUUGACAUUAUCUCAAAAAAUCCUAAUAUUAUCACUGAUUUUGUCGUAUCCGAAAAUAUUAAAGAUUUAGUCCUAUUAUGCAAAAGAAAAGGAUCAAGAAAGAAUGUUUUUCGAUUCAUUUCUUGUAUUGUAAGAAAUGGCGAUGCUUUAAUUCCAGAUAUUGUAGAAUCACCAAUCAUUUUUUAUCUUUCUCAAUCAAUUAAGAAACAAAUAGCAAAAGACUUGAAGUAUUAUGCAUUAGAACUUAUAAUUCUAUUAUCAAUGCAUCCUGAUGUUUCAACACAAAAAAUGUAUGAAGCUGGGAUAUUUCAUGCUUUAGAGCCUAAUAUUAUUGAAGAAAACGAGUUAACAGAGAUUUCACUUCAAAUAAUUUGUAAUGCAACAAAAAUUGAUGACUUUAAUCCAGGUAUUUGCGAAAAUAUUAUUUCACCAUUAAUUGAUCUUGUUAAUUUCUCUGAAAACACAAUAUUUAUAACGAAAUCAUUGAGAAUUCUUACUAAUAUCCUUUCAAAUUCAACAAAUAUUUCAAAUCAAAUUAAAGAAACUAAUUUAAUAGAAACUUUAGCCAUGCAUUGCACAUCAGAUGAUCAUUAUUUACAAAUUGCAGUAUUUCAGUUUCUUGGUCACCUAUGCCCAUAUGGAAAUGACAUGUAUGAAGAAAUUUCAAGAUAUAAUAUAUUUUAUGAAUCAAAAAAGAUACUUUUAGAUGAAUAUCAAAAAGAAAAUACUGAGUACUACAGUAUUAUAAUGAUUUCUGUCAUUUCUUUCCUUAGAAGUUGGUGUGAUAACGAAAAUGAAAAUUAUUUGAAUUCUUUAUAUAGUUUUCUAGUGCAAAUACCAUUUGAAAGCCUGUAUGACACUUCUGCAUUCGAUGUGAAGUAUGAAAUCAUGAAAUUAUUUUUGAUUUUAUCUUAUCAUGCAAAUGCAGAUAUUAUGGUUAGAAUUAUUACACCAGAUCUAAUAGAAGAUAUUUUAAGUACAUUUCAUUCUGCAUCACCUGAUUUUAUUUAUGAUUCUAUUCAUUUGCUUAAUAAUUUUGUGCAGAAGCUUGAAAUUUCAUUUCCAUCCGAUGUAGAAAUAUUCAAUAAUAUAUGGUCUGAAUAUUUUGAAAAUGAAAUUGGCUAUUUCAUUCAAAUUCCACCUCAGAAUUUUGCUGAUGAAGUAUUGGAACAUAUACUUCAAUAA